CUGUCUAAUCAUCAAACGUCAAUGUCGGAAGAAAAAGAUAAACAGUACAUUGCCGGAUUAAAACUUAAAUUGAAUUAACAAAAUAUCGAAAUUAUUAUCUAAAAUUAAUGAUUUAUAAAUUACUUAAUGUUUGUGAACGAAAAGUGUAUUGAAUAGUCUUUUUUCAAUAUGUCGAAGCAUGACACUAAAUUGGAGACAGAAGAAGCGAAUCGCAUGUGGGCGAGUGCCUCCUUCGUAGGCGUGCUCAUCAUCAUCGGCCUGCCGCUUUGGUGGAAAACUACAGAAGUAUACAGGGUCGCGUUACCGUACGAUAAGAUAAACGCAUUCGACACCGAUUCGCAUUACAUAACAACGGAGCUGACAGUUCUAGCCAACGACGACGAGACCGCACAAGAAGUCGCAAGGCAGAUCGAGAGGGCGUUUCGAGAAUCAGACGUGAUAAAGCUCAAAAUCAGGAAGCAGGUUAUACCGAGUAAAUUACAACACUUACUGGAUUCGGUGGCCGAUGAACAGGAGGCGUUAGAAGAUAUUGGCGCAGCUUUCGAUAUAAAGAAACAUAACACGUUUUAUGUUGUCCAAAGAAAACCUUUAUACCAAGAUGUGUGGGUCGGGAACGAGCGAGUGGCGUUCUUCAGAGAUGUUAAAGCAUGUUCAACCAUCAUCCAAGCUCUGGAAAAGUGGAUAUACGAGCCAUCAGUACUCAUCGGCGCAAGGUCGGAGGUAGCGGACGCCGCAAGACAGAUUCGGUUCCCGAGCGGACCCGGCUACCACGUGGUGCUGUCUGUGGUGCAUCCGAAUCCACAGCAGAUGAAAGUGAACUUCAAUCCUCGAGACGCAAUUGAAGACUACAUCGGCUCCUUCGUCGACGAACUGUCCGAUUUGCACAAUUUCACACUCAAGUCCCAGUGGCUUCAUCUGCUGGACUUUGAUUUCGAAGCUACCGAGGUGCGGGCGGCGGGCGCGGCGGCGUGGGCGGUGCGGCGCGCGCGCCUGCCGCUGCUGCUGACGCGCCUGGAGGGCCGCGCCGCCACGCACGUGUCGGAGUGGCCCACGCUCAACCUGGCGCUCUACGUCGCGCCCUGCCACCGCGCGCCGCUCGUGCUGCACGACGAGAAUGAAAUUUCACCACCGGUGCAAGCCUUUAUGUCACCUAAGUGGGGGGGAGUGGUCUUCGGCAACCCCACGCCGGAGGAAUGUCAGGAGCGGGUAUACACGCCGCCCGUUAACCUCAUCAUGGGCACUUUUCUGUCACAAUUGCGGAAGUUGCUCGGCAUCACUGACAAGGCGGCGCUGGCGCGCGCGCGGCUGGCGGCGGCGCGGCGCGUGGCCCCGCGCGGCUGGGAGCGCGACGCGCUGCUGCGCCUGCGCGCGCUGCAGCAGCUCGCCUCCGCCGAGACCAGCCUCAAGUCGCUCGCCAAGCUGCUCGGUGAGAUCUCUAACAUCGUAAUAAACGACGAGGUCGGUGCGUCGAUAAACCUCGCCGUGAGCAGCAUCCACCUCGCCACCGAGCACAUGGAGCGGGGCGAUCUGCUGGAAGCUCACCGGUUCUCGCAGCAGGCGUUCCUGGCGGCCGAGACCGCAUUCAUGGAGCCGAGUCUCCUGGCCCUCCUCUACUUCCCUGAUGACCAAAAGUACGCAAUAUACAUCCCUCUCUUUCUACCAAUCAUGUUUCCCGUCGUGUUGUCGCUGAAGAACCUGCUGCUGUGGUUCCGGGGAAAACCCGUCCAUAAGGAGAAGACUGAUUAAGCUCUUAACUUUAUAACUUAUUCGUGUGGGUAUAAAUAAUAAAAAAAAUGUAUUACAA